GGGGUUGGAGAUUGUGGGCCCCAGAGGACACACCUGUGACGUCGCGUCCUUGGCCCCCACACCUCAGCCGUCCUCCUCUUCCUCAGACAGAUCCUAGCCGCCGCGGCCGGGGCAGAGGAGGAGGAAGUGGAAGCAGGAGGAAGGGAGGAGAAGGAGGAGGAGGAGGGAGAGCAGGAGGCCCCGGCGCUGCUGCUGUGAGAGGGGAGAGGACGGAGUUAGCAGCCUGCACACAGCGCCCGCCGCCGGGCUGAGGGAGCAGAGAGAUUGAUAGUCUUUACUAGCAAAACGUAAACCAAGUGGAAAGAUGGCAGCUAAUAAGCCUAAGGGGCAGAAUUCCUUGGCAUUGCACAAAGUCAUCAUGGUAGGAAGUGGUGGAGUGGGAAAAUCAGCUUUAACGCUCCAAUUUAUGUAUGAUGAGUUUGUAGAGGACUAUGAACCAACCAAAGCAGACAGUUACCGGAAGAAAGUUGUGCUGGAUGGAGUUGAGGUCCAGAUUGAUAUCUUGGACACUGCUGGGCAAGAGGACUAUGCAGCAAUCAGAGACAAUUACUUCCGGAGUGGUGAGGGCUUCCUUUGCGUCUUUUCUAUCACAGAACAAGAAUCGUUUGCUGCUACUGCAGAUUUCCGGGAACAGAUACUGCGAGUAAAAGAGGAUGAGAAUGUUCCCUUCCUUCUGGUCGGUAACAAAUCUGACCUGGAAGAUAAGAGACAGGUGUCUGUGGAAGAGGCAAAGAGCAGAGCUGAUCAGUGGAAUGUCAAUUAUGUUGAAACCUCAGCAAAAACACGAGCCAAUGUUGAUAAGGUAUUCUUCGAUUUGAUGCGAGAGAUCCGUGCCCGAAAGAUGGAAGACAGUAAAGAGAAAAAUGGCAAGAAGAAAAGAAAAAGUUUAGCCAAGAGAAUAAGGGAAAGAUGUUGCAUUUUAUAAUGAAUACCCAUAAACCUCCCUCUUUUGUCUUUUACUGAUAAGAACCAUUACCUGUUAGCAUGCCCGCUCACAGCACAGAUGACUGGCUGUACUUAUCAUUUUGGAGGCAUUACAAUAUGCCCGAAGCAUGAUUUGGACAUUACUCUGGACACACGUUCAACUUAACUGACCAAAAAAAAAAAUAUUUGUCUCUGCUUCAUUUUGGAAAAUAAUCCUCCCUCUAAGAACGGUUUCUGCUCAUUGUUCAUGGUUUCUGAAUGUACAAUUAGUUUUUUGAGAGGCAGCAAUAGUCUGUGAAUACUUAACCAUUGGGGUAAUUAAUGUUUUGUCUUGGUCACUACAAAUAUUUCCUUCUCUGUCCUUGCUUUCAGGAAGAUCAGCAUUAGCCAGUAUAAAAGAGACUGGGGUUCAUAUUUGGUUUCUGUGGUUAAGCGUAAUAAAUAAAAUGGCAGAUGUUUUGUUAGGAUUUGUUUUUAUUUUUGAAUAGUUAAAAUAGACAAUUAUGUAUGUACCUAAUGUGAUGUGUUUGUGAAAUGGUUGCCUCUUAACUUCCAUUGUACUCUGAAUAUGCCUUAAAGUAGACCCAUUACCUCACAUGGUGGAGGCAGCCAUUUUGCAGUCUGAACAUGAAGGUGCAUUAGUAACAUCACUGAAGCACCUCGUAGUGAAUUGAGACCACUGAAAAUGUAUGCCUCCAUUUACAGGUCCACUUUAGCAGAGUUAAUUAAGAGAUUGAUAUUACUAUUGUUGUGAGCUGUAAAUCUUGUGUUGGGUGUUACAUGUAGAUUAAAAGGCAAAUGUUAUUAUUCAGGGAAAGAUAUCAUUGGAAGUGCUGUUACUGUGUUUAGUAAGCACCCACAUAGCUGGGAUAUCCAGACUUGCACAGUUUAAGACCUUCUACCUUUUGAUAAUUAUGACCCUGUGUGCUUUUACCUAAGCGAACGCCAUAAGAUGAUCUUAUUAAAGAUCUUUGUUUGUUUUUUUAAGGCUUUAUUUAGCUUGAAGUUGUCAUUGUAGUUCUAACAGGCAGUCGAUUUGCAUUUUGAGAGUUCAUUUCUCCACGGACACCUGCAUAAUCUAUAUAUUGGACAACUAAAUGUAUAAACUUGUGUAUGAAGAAGUACCAAGAAAUGUUCGUUUCACGUGGAUAGUUGUGCUGCAACAUUGGCAUAAAUACAAUGUGACAUAAACUCAUCAACAAAAGUGUUUCAGAGAGUUUCUCUCCAGUGUCGUAUGUGAGAAAAGCUUGCUAGAGCAGCCGUCCCAUCAGUGUUCAUGUAUCGAUUUAACCUGCGCCACAGUUAAGGAGGCAUUGUCUGCUACAACUGAUCACAAAAAUAAAUUUCAAGAAACACAUUUUUUUUUUUAAAUUGGACUGUGCGUAUUGUCACAAAACCAGAAAGGUGAGGAGCCUUUCCUACCUUGUCUGGCAACACUCGAUGAUUUCUGUUUAAUAUCUACUCAGUUGUCACCUAUUAGCGUUAUAAUAUGUGUUAUGAAUAUUUAGUUUUUUGUGUAGAAAAUAUUGGUAAAUACACUAUCCUUUUUGUUUUAUUCAUUUUCAUGAUUUUUUAUUUUCAUUAAUCAAGCAAUACCAUUUGAGAGUUUGUUCUAAAACACUUUGCUAUCUGUAGAUAUACUACAUGCUUGACAGCGUUAUGACAUUUUGUAAUAUUAUACAGUAUGCUUAUCCUUGAUAACACAUUUCUUUGUUGCUGUACUGAAACAGCUAGUAGCAGAAGUCCAGGUAUUGCUAUAACAGUGUAUUAGGGAUAUAUGUUUAUGGGUUUGAUUUCUGUAACCUAUAACUCUCCAGCCAUUAUAUUACAACUUCUAGGAUGCUCUGUUCACUGCUGGGAGAUGUAGUGCAACUAUCAGUAAAAGCCAUUUUACUUUUCUUUUGCUUUGCUUGUAACUAUUCCAUAAUGACCACUGAAGUAGAAUUUGUUAGUUUUCUUAAGGUGAUUUGUUCUGCAAAUGUUUCAAAUGACUAACCUCUCCAUCUUAAAUUGCAGAAUUGCACAUAACCUCACGUUACACUAACACUAGUAUCUAUGCUGCACAAUAUUAAAGUCAACAUUCGUUUAAUGAAGUCACUUGUCUUUAGUCAGAUUACGGUGUACUGAAGAAAUUGAGCUAAAAUGUUUUUUAAGGGUCUUGUAAAAAUCUUAACUAGGACAUGGAUUUUAUCUAAUGAGCAUUGUUUUAUCCAUAUUUUCCUCAUUAUAGCAUUGCUUUGUCAUAUGAUCAGUAGUCCAUUCAGCCACAGUAAAUGUAAGCAUGCUUUACGCCUCACUCCAUUCUGUUCCGGAGUGGUCUAAUUUUGCAUUGUGUUUGAACACUUCUUCAUAGUGUGGAUUGGGGGUUUCUUUUGAAAUUAUUUUUAGACCAGCAAAUUUAGAACGUUUCCCACUCUUCUUUAAAGAUAUGAAGCUUUGCUGUCAUUAGAAAUACUAAAGUAAACAUGCACAUACAGAAAAUAGCCUUCCAAAUCUCAUCUGUAUAUAAAUAUCAUCUAAUCCCAUACCACUUCCAGGAUACAUUACAUAUGAAUCAGAGGCAGCAAAGGGCCUUUUCAUUUAGUUGCUGUGAUUGUUUUUGUUGGUGACUAACGUUAAAUGACCAUUAAUGCUUUCAAGUGUACUUGCCACCUGCACACGCUGGAGGCAGCCAUUUUGCAGCUAGUGCCUCAUGCAUAUUUUUCAUAAUUUCAGUGAUGGCUCUAUGAAUUGCUAAGGAUGCAUUAUUUUAUCUUCUAAAUUCACCCGACAAAAUGUCUGUUUCCAAUGUGUGUAGGCAGUUGGUGUACUUUAAAUAGCUUUGCAGCUAUUGUGCUGGGUUCUGUGGUGUUAUGAAGCUACAAGUUUCACUAAACAAUGUAUAAGCUGAUUCCACUGCCCACUUUCAUAUUUUGCCAUUUUGAGCCAUUUCAAGACAAAUAAAGUUCAGUUUUUUAA